AUGAGUUGCAUCGUUUUAGGUCUCCAAACAAAAAAUAUCGAGCCAACGGGAAUCAUCAUAGCGUGCUGUAUAGGAACCGAUUUCCGUUUUUCAACAUUCAUUAAAGACUUUAAAACGCAUAACAUAAACAACGACUUUAUCAAAAUAAAGAAGGUGUACAGUGAAGUAAUAUUUUGUUCCGCCUUUGCGCAAAAGAAGACUUUUUUUCUUUUUCGCUUUGGGUGCAUCGUGCUGUGGGAUUUCAGCAUAAAGGAGAAGGAGAUCCUAUUUAUCAACCUGAAGGACUACCUGAGUGAAGCGUACACCGAAAACGACAACGAGCUGGACAGCAUGUUCUACAUCAUGAACAAAGCAGAUGAUUCGAACGACAACCAAAGUGCCAAGAAUGUGGAGAGGUGUUCCUUCAAAAUAAAGAAUGACAUUAUAUAUAUUUACACCAACGACAUAUUUGAGAAGUUAAGUUAUUCGUAUGCCUUUUCACAGAGCGUAAAACUGUCCUACUUCGAAAAGGUGGUAGACGAUACCAUCGAUAAGACAAAGAGCAUCCCAGCGCUGCAAAUUUUCAACCUGGGGAUUUUUAUAGAAUGCCUCGCGAGGACCGGAAAAAUUCAACUAAAGAAGAAUGACAUAAGCAAGAAAAUCGGAGAACUGUUUGUUAACAGAUUUUAUAUUAAUAUGAACACGGAUAUGUUAGAUACCCCAGAAAUAUUUUGGGACCACGACGACUUUACCGAAACGUACGAGCACUUUAGAAAAUAUCUGGAUAUCUCCAAAAGGGUCGAAAUUUUGAAUCAUAGAUUAGACAUAAUUAAAGAUCUCUACGAUAUGCUGCAAAACGAGUUAACCAUUCAGCACGGUUACAAACUCGAAUGGAUAGUGAUAUAUCUCAUAUGCAUAGAAGUCAUCAUAGACAUUGUCUGGACAAUCAUCAUCAAGGGUGUUUUCAAGUGGGGCUAA